AUGCAGGAACUGCUGAAUCACCCGUUUCUACGGCCCACCGCAGCGGCCGCUCCGGCCACGCCAGACUGCCUCGUGGGGCUGACCCGCGAGCAGCUAAAAAAAGUCCUCACCCAGGUGAGCGCGGCGAGCGCCUCGGGCUGCCCGGCGGACCUGGACACCAUCUCGGAGGAGCUGUUCCGGCAGCUGUCCAGCGGCCAGACCGUGAAUCUGGCCGCCAUCCUCGGCCGCGCCCGCGACGGCUCCCAAUCGCGCUCGCCCCCCGACAACCCGCCCGUGAGCGCAAUCGAGCCAUCAAACGGUGGGCAUGCAGCGGCGGCGCCGCGGGAGGCAGCCGCUGCAAGGCAGCAUGUGCCGGCACCUGUGCAGGCGCCGUCAAGGGCGCCCCUUCAGCAGCACGCAGCAGCCCAGCCUGUGGCCCUGCGGGCGCAGGACAUAAUGGCGGGCCGGGCAGCGCUGAAGAGGGUGGACCCGGGGUCAGUGCGGCCGCAGCCGAGGCCGACGGCAGCCGAGGAUUCGCUGGAGGCGCGGCUGCGCGAAGGCCUGGCCAAGUUCCGCUUCGAUGACACUGCCGGCAGCACCGCGCACGCCGGAGACCGCACCGACGAUGACUUCUCCACAUAA